CACAUUAUUUUAAUUCAUUCACAGGGUUUGUCAACAACAUGGGUGACCUCUGAAAAUAUUGAAAACAUUUCAUCAUAGAAUAUUUUAAAAAAAAUAUUUAUCGUCAAUUCUAACCUGUUCUAAUUUGGAACAGUAUGAAGAUUAUUUGUCUCUCAUCCAUGAACCUAUAUUUCUUGAUUUCAAUAUGUUUGUUUUAAAAGUGCACUUAAAAAAACACAGAAAGUGAGGUACCAUGUCAAUGCCUUCGACCAAAAUGAGAAUGUUAGGAGGUAAUGGACCACAACCACAGUUUAAGAAGGCUCAACCUCAGAGGCGACUGCUCAGGAAGAGAACAACACAAGUUGACUUAGAAAAACAGAUUGACAUUCAGACUAUUUGUGCUUUCAAAAUGGCUCCAUCUUUCCAGCCUGAUCAUUUCAUGACUAAAAGGCCGCUCAUGGGAGCUUGUUGUGCUUGCAUGCUAUUGAGUAAGAGUGAUUUUGUAAGGCCCGAGCUGCGAGAAUUAGGCAUGAGAAACAUACUUGAUGUCAGAACAGAAAUGGCCAACACUGGCUAUAUGUCCAGAUGGUUUGCAGAUGAAGCCUAUGCCCUAAGACGACCUCUCUUCUAUACAUAUCCUGAUGUCUCAAUGUCUGUACUUAGGAGUCCAAGAGUUUUAAAUGCUAUUGAACAAACUGCCAGUCAAGAAAUCCAAAUUUUACAAGGGGAUGAAGCAGCGAUGCAGAGACACCUCUCAGUAAUACAGAAACAUUGCAUCUACACUAUAAACAAAAUGAAAGCUUCAGUCUCCAGUGUAUUUAUCAAAAUAACUGCUUGGUUUCUCACCAAAUUUUUGUCCAAAUUUUUACGAAGUGUGCAAGUGUGUCGUGCACAGAUGUUGAUGGUCAAGCAGGCCAGUGAGAAAGGUGUCCCCAUGAUUUAUUUGCCCCUUCACCGCAGUCACUUAGACUACAUCUUGGUGACCUACAUUCUCUGGCACUAUGACAUCAGAGCCCCCUAUGUGGCAGCAGGCGAUAACAUGGACAUUCCUUUCUUCAAUGUGCUCAUGAGAUGGCUUGGGGGAUUUUUUAUCCGUCGACGUUUGGACACAAAAGCUGGGCAGAAAGACUUUCUAUACAGAGCCAUAUUACAUGAGUACAUGACAAAACUUUUGAGCAAUGGUGAAGGUUUGGAAUUCUUCAUUGAGGGUGGCCGAACACGCUCUGGGAAAGCUGUCAUACCAAAAGGCGGGCUCCUGUCUGUUGUUGUCGAGGCUUGUAACGAGGAGGAAAUCUCAGAUGCUUAUAUUGUACCAAUCACUUUCAGUUAUGAAAAAAUUAUUGAUGGCAACUACUCCAGAGAACAAAUGGGUCAGGGAAAAGUUAAGGAAACCUUUUUCGGAGCAGUGAAUGCCAUUUUUCGUGUUUUCUUCAAUAGUUAUGGCAGUGUUCGAAUUGAUUUUGCCCAGCCAUUUUCUCUGAAGGAAUUUUUGCUACAGGCAAAAAGCAAUCCCUAUCAACCACUGACUGCCCCUACCACACCUGGACGUCUUCAGCUGGACUAUGGGACAUCUUACCCCAACUUCUCUCAGACACUUUUGUCCACCAAUGGUGAUGCUGAAAAGACAAGAAUGAUGGUCAAAGCAUUAGCUGACCACACAGUUUACACAAGUGACCAUUCAACUGCUCCAAUGGCCACACAUCUUGUAGCAUUUUUACUUUUGACCAAAUACAGACAGGGUGUCUACACCAGAGAACUGAGUAAAGCCAUUCAGUGGCUGGUCAGAGAACUGCAGGCCCUGCAGAGGGAUGUUGGUUUCUGUGGCCGCUCUGAAGAUGUUCUCCUGUACGUUCAGACUUUGCUGGGAGACAGACUCAUAACAAAGAAAUGGAAUGAGGAGGAUAAUGAUCUCAAACUGUUUCCUAACUUGACCUUGCCAGCCGUGUUUGAACUCAGUUACUAUGGCAAUCUAGUCACAACACAUUUUGCCUUAGAGAGUAUACUUGCUGUUGCUGUCCUGCUGGAGGCUGAUAUUUCACUCUUCAACUUGCUGACAGCUGCUCCGCUGAGAGACGCCAAGGUGUCCAGGGAGAAAGUGAUAGAGGUAGCUGAGGAGAUUUGCAUGAUCGUCCACAAUGAGUUUAUCUUCAUACCACCCUGUGAAAACUUGAACUCAGCUCUUGUGGCCAUGUUGGAAUCUUUCAUCACCAAAGAGAUUUUGUCAGUUGAGGAUGACACAAAGGUUUCUGACCUUUUGUUUGCUGGUAAAGACAGACGAUGGGCUGACAGAUUGGCUUUGGUUUUAGAUGUUGAUGAAGAAGAAAAUGAUGGUUACUAUUCAGAACAAACUUUACUGGUUAAUUUGAACAGCCAGGACAUACGAGAACGUCUCCAUUUCUUGGCGUCAGUAAUUGGUCCCUUUCUGGAAUCUUAUCAGACAGCAGCAAAGUUUACACUGCAGGAACUGAUAGCAGAGCAACCAGAGGAAGAGUUUAUGUCUUCCCUAGGACAGUUUGCCAGAAAGAGAGUGGAAGAUGGUCUGACUUUGUUUUCUGAAAGUUGUGCCAUGAUGACCCUGAAGUCAGCGAUGAAGUCAUUUCAAGACCUGGAGCUCGUCUACUGCUACAAUAACGCCAACUUGACCAUGAUUGGGAUGAGUAUGCAGAUGGACUCCAAAAAUACAUUAGAACAUUACAGUACUCUGUUGGAAUCAGCCGUUAGCUAAAAAUAUCUUUAAUUCAACAAUGAGAUUAACAAUGUUUUUUUUUUAUAUUUGUAACUUAGAUACUCAGCUCAAAGCUCAGUUACUGCACACAAACACAUCAAAUAUCCGACUCAGGGAAAGAAAGAUUUUUAAAAGUUUUGAUAGCACAAACCUAAAAUCAGUUAUUGUUUUUUUACAACAGUCUUGCAACAGUCAUUAGUGAUGUAUCAGUCUACAAUUACUUUGUAUGUCUAACAUUUUAAUAAUUUCUAGACCUAACUAUUCGAUGGUUACCAAAUUAUCAUCUGGUCUUUUUUUAUUGUCUAAUCCCACAAUUCUCUUCUUCAAGGAGAACCCUUUUAUUAUAAAGUUUCACUUACUUGACUAUUACAUUAAGGUCCACAAUGAACUGUUGCAUUCUGUUUAGUACUAAUAUUGUCAUCAAACUUGCCCACAUUUUUUAAAAAAUUAAAAUAUUCUUCAAGUUAGUAAAUAUUUUCAAAAUACUCUGUUCAUUUUGACGAGAAAUCAAAAGCUAAUGUUGACAUUUUUUUUUCUUUGACAAGUUCUGUGUUGUGCUUGAGAUUUAGUUUUUUUUUCUAUUGGUGUACAUUCAUUAUGAAGUAAUUUAUUUCUUAUAAUACAGACCAGAUUAUGUACCCUGAUGUUUAGUUAAAGUGACUGUAUGAGUGAAUGUCUGAUGUGUGGAAGUAAACAUAUGCCAGAUGUAUGUAUGUAAAAUUUUGUUUUGACUCAUGAAACAUUAGAAAUUAACUUUGUGUGGUUGACUAAUGGAUACAAAUAUUAUAACAAAAUGGUGAAAUAUAACAGUAUUGUGGUCAGUUGAUUUUCGGUAUCCUAGCGUCUGCAUGUUUUAUAGGGUGCAUGUUUCUAGAGAGGUGUGUUUUGUUGUUGGUAGAUUCUAGACAUGGGUGUAACAAUACCAUGUUGGUAGAAUUAAAAAUGACCAGCUGAUUGAGGAGACAUUGUUGCUGUUUUUAUGUUCAUCAUGUUGCUUUGGUUUUUUUGUUGGAUUAGAAUAGAAACUGUUCUCCUUCAUCAA